CCUGAUCCAGUCAGAACCUUUAACUAUGAUGUUAUAAAGUCACAGAUCAAAGCCACGGAAUGUAGAAUGUUGUCAAGACUGUAACUAGAGUGAAGACAGAGGAAUGUAGAAUGUUUUCAAGACUGUAACUAGAGUGAAGACAGUUUCACCAAACUUUCGGAUUACAACACGAAAGAUCAACAAGCUCGUAUUUCUCGAAACAUAGGAGAUUUUAUCUACAAGAUAAACCAAACCUUGAGUGUUUAUCCCUGUAAUGGCAUCAGUCAUGUGCUCCAACGUACAUGCCAGAGACAAGUUAGUCCCUGGAAGCUGGCUCACCUCUGAAUUCUCCACCUACCAAGUAUCAACUAUCCUUGGAGAGGGGACUUUCGGCAAGGUUGUAAAAUGUGUCAGGAUGGCUGACAAGAAAACUGUAGCCAUCAAAGUAACAAAAAAAGAAGCCUUUGAAUGGAUGGCAAAGGAAGAGCUGGAUAUCCUAUACAAACUCAGCCUGUAUAACUCCCAUGAACACAACUUGACUGAAUGGCACCGGGCUUUUAUAGAUAGUGGCCGUACAUGUCUGGAGUUUGAGUGUCUAGACAAAAGUCUUUUUGACUUCAUGCAAGAAAGACAUUUCCAACCGCUGAGUUUAAUGGCAAUUCGACCAAUCGUCGUGCAGAUGGCAGUAGCUCUGAAACAUCUCAAGUCUGUUGGAAUUAUACACGCAGACCUCAAAUUACAGAAUGUGAUGUUAGUCAAUCACCAACAAGAGCCGUACCGAAUUAAAGUGAUUGACUUUGGCCUGGCUUGUGAGACCUCAGCUGCGACAGUGGGUUCUUACAUUCAGAGCCGUCCAUAUCGGUCCCCAGAGAUUAUUCUAGGCCUUCCAUUUACAGAGGCCAUAGACGUUUGGUCUCUGGGAAACAUUGCUGCCUAUCUGUACCUCGGUUCCCUGCUGUACCCUGGCUAUACUGAAUAUGAUAUGAUGAACUACAUAGUAGAAACCCAAGGGAACCCACCAGAAAAAAUGUUAAACUCUGGGCUAAAGACCUCCUGCUUUUUCUACAAAGAGUUCAAUUCCACCACCAGCAACUGGAAACUCAAGACGCCUGAACAAUUUUUUGAAGAGUCAGGGAUUAAGCCCACAGAGAGAAGAGGAAGAAACUUUACAUCUCUGAAUGACCUCUUACAUUUCCAGCAACUCGGGGCUCAGACAUUUACAGAUAAAGCUGCAGAAAUGUGUGAUCUCUUGAUGUUUGUUGAAAUGGUGAAAGAAAUGCUUCAGCUUGAUCCUGAAAGACGGAUUACACCCCAACAGGUGCUGGACCAUUCUUUCGCCAGAAUGAACCACAUAGGGUACUUGUACGACCUGAGCUCCUAUGUAAAGUCCUGCUAUCAGCACAUGGACAUCUGUAAGGAAAAGAGCACAGUGUCUUCGGAUAGUGGGACAGGAGUGAGCGGGUCUCUGCAGCAGCCCGUCUCUGAGAGCAGACAACCUGCCCAACAGAGGCUUCCUCCCCCUGCAGCUGAGAGCAAAUUCCUAGUGGGACCCCCUUCCUCCAAGACCACCAGCCCAUCAGAACAAAACUGUCCUCCCCCUUCAGAUCAGAAGAGCAGCCCCAAGUGCUUCAGGCCCAGUCACUCUGAAACUGCCCAGACAGUUUCAGUCUCAAACUUUAAAAGAAAGCGCCCUGAUGAGGAUAUAAAGGACACCAGUCAGCCAGUGAAAUGGAGGAGGAUUGACUGGAAAGAUGUGGGUGAAAAAAUACCCACCUCUUCCGAAUAUGAGAGGUCAGACCACGACCAAAGGGAACUCCAGUGUUCUCCGGGGCCAUCCUGCUCAAACAACAGGACACAGAGUUCCAGCUCAGGGAUUAAGAGGAACCUUGAUCAUUGGAAAACUGCUUUCAACAGACCGCAUAAGAGGGCCAGAAAACACGAUGAAGGCAGUUGGAGCUGCUUUUCCCGUCAGACCCGUAAGAGAGAUCCAAAAUGCAGUCCAGCUGAGGACCACCGCUGCAGAGAAGCAAGAAGGAGGAGCAGCAGAGUGCCAUCCAAUUCCUCCCACAAAUCAAGAGUGUCGUGACAAAGUGGAUGAUAUGCUCCAAAAGUCAUCUCGCUCUUAAAUUUGUGUUCUCUCCUUGUCUCUGU